UGGCGAUCGUAGCGGGUGGGAGAUCCCCGGUCUCCCUCGACAGACAGCUCAAGUUGACUCAGUAGAGUUGCAGACCGCGCCGAAGAACAGUCUCCACCAUGGCAUUGUUCCUCAAGAAUAUUGCCAUCCUGGUGUCGUUAGUUUUGGUUGGUGCUCAACAAAACCAACAGCCAUUUAGAACGACUCUGUUCGAUGAACAAACUCAGCAGGCGGCGCUGAUGAUACAACAAAACAACCUCAACCAGCAGAUCCAAGAACUUAACCGGCAUCUCCAAGUCGCUACUGCUAAUUCCGUACGUGAAAAUCUCCUCAAACAACAAGUUGAUCUAAAUCGUCGUUUACAGGAGAUGCAGUUGGAGCAGCAGCGUUUGCAGAUCCAGUUACAGGAGCAGCUGAUGGCUGGCAGUGGGAUUAGUGUGAAAAAUGGCCAGCAACAGUCGAGAAUUGUCAACCAACAGGCGGAACAGUUUAGGCCCACAAAUAAUAAUCAGAUUGCACAAAAACAGGUGACAAGUCCACAACAAGUCCAACUACCCCCGUUUGAGGAUAUAUUUCAAGAACCGUUUCCAGAGGUGAACCAGCAACAAAAUUUCAAUAAUCAGCAACAAACUUUUCAAUCGAGACCAAAUAACCAGCAAAAUUUUCAACAAGCACCUGUUAAUCAACAAACAUUCCAACAAAGUUUUCCACAACAACAACGACCUAACAAUAACCAACAAUCCUUCCAACAACAAAGGCCUAAUAACCAGCAAUUCCAAUCACAGAUACCUCCACAAAGUCCCUUCACUCAAAGUGUUUCUCAAACAUCCACAUCAUUCGGUUCUUCUUCUUCUUCAUCUUCAUCUUCAUCUUUCAACGGGCAAACUCCUUUACAAUCGACGACAAACAGUGACGGUCCAACGUGUUCCACUUUGUCGGGCGAGGCCGGACGGUGUCGUCCGCUUGUAAACUGUUUGUCGUUUUAUGCGGAAUUACCAGAGCUGAGACGACAACCCUGUCGCCUUCGAUCCGGCGAGUUGGGCGUGUGCUGUCCUACCAGAUCGAGGCCAGUGGGAUUCGGUGGCUUCAACAGCGGCGUGCUAGCACCCCCACCGCCACCACCCGUGGUGAUCCCCCCGUUGACCCCUCAGCAGCUGAACGGCGCCGCGUCGGCCGCGCUACAGCAGCUGCGCGAUCGCCUCGCCCUCGUGCAGUCGCUGUUCGAGAAUCGCAUCGUGGUCGCUGCCAACACGCCGGCUGCCGCUCACCAGGAGUUCUUCCCCGUCACCAACGCCACACUCGUCGACGGCCAACAGGCGCAGAAGAACGUCGACGCCAGUAUUGGACUCGUCAACGAAUUCAAGCUGAGUCCCGAACAAGGCACGUUUGCACUUCCGAGGUUCAGUGUGCUGAAUACAAUAAUAGCAGACACGUGUCCUCAAGUGCAGCUGUGCGAUGCUAGCAAGUACCGGACGGCGGAUGGCUCCUGCAACAAUCUCAGCCAGGACCGCUGGGGGAAGGCCGGCACCGCCCUUCACAGGAUUCUGCCUCCAAAGUACCAGGAUGGUGUGAGUUCACCCAGAACAAGAGCCGCCAACGGAGUUGAUUUGCCCAGUGCAAGAAUAGUCAGUUCUCAGCUGGCCCAGGAGAAAGAUGUACCCUCCAACAAUUACACUCUCAUGGUCAUGCAGUGGGGACAGUUUUUGGAUCACGAUUUGACUCAUACUCCAAUAAGUAAAGGACAGAGUGGGAGUGGAAUAUCAUGCUGCAGAGAUGGAAAAGUAAUUGAUGAAGCAUUCAGGCAUCCAGACUGUUUUACAAUUGAUUUGCCACUUGCUGAUCACAUUUUCUCACCAUUCGGAGAAAGAUGUAUGGAAUUUGUUCGUUCUCUUCCUGCUCCAAGGCCCGAGUGUAAUUUUGGCCCCAGAGAACAAAUGAACCAAGUGAGUGGCUUCCUCGAUGCUUCUAACAUCUAUGGAUCCAGUGUGCAGCAUCAGCAGUCAUUGAGGGAGUUCCAGGGAGGCCGACUUCGCACCCAGAAUGUCAAAGGAAGACACAUGCUGCCAGCUAACAGGGAUGAAUGCACCAGCGAUAAUAGCAUAUUCGCUUGCUUCAGAGCAGGUGAUGGAAGAGUGAACGAACAACUGGAGCUUGCUCUGAUGCAUACAAUCUGGAUGAGAGAGCACAAUAGAGUGGCCAGAUCCCUGCAGCAACAGCAUCCCAACUGGUCGGAUGAAGCGCUUUUCCAAGAGGCCAGACGGAUUGUAGUCGCUGAAAUGCAGCACAUCACUUACAACGAAUUUCUUCCAAUAGUCCUUGGUCGAGAGUACAUGGAUAAGUUUGAGCUGUCUCCACAGGACAAAGGUCAUACAGCACUUUACGAUGCUAGUCUCAACCCAGGAAUAACCAAUGUCUUUGCUACAGCUGCAUUCCGUUUUGGUCACAGUCUCAUCCAAAGUCAUAUGCAUGGAUACGGAAGAUUUGGUAAUGUGAGAUCGAAUCUCACCCUAAGCAGACAACACUUCAAUCCAUUCAUUUUGUAUAAUGAUGGUGCAGUCGAUGAUUUCAUCAGAGGACUAUCAACACAGCCGGCCCAGAAAUUUGACAGAUUUUUUUCGAAGGAGGUGACAGACCAUUUGUUCCAAGGUGAUCUUGAUUUCGGACUUGACUUAUUCGCUCUGAACAUUCAAAGAGGACGUGAUCAUGGACUUCCUCCCUACAACGAUUGGCGAGAAGUGUGUGCACUGCCCAGAGCUGUUUCAUGGGAAGAUUUGGCUAGGUACAUUGAUACACAGAGUGUACAGAAACUGAGAAGUAUCUAUGGAUCGGUGGAUGAGAUUGACUUGUUCUCCGGGGCAGUGGCAGAAAAGCCAACGGGAAGCGCAAUCCUUGGACCGACAUUUGUUUGUCUGGUUGGUGAUCAGUUUGCUCGACUGAGGAGAGGCGAUUCGUUCUUCUAUGAGGAAGGAGGACAGUCUGCAUCAUUCACUGAAGAGCAAUUGAGUGAGCUGAGACAUGCUAGUUUAUCAAGGAUAUUAUGUGACAAUAGUGAUGAUAUUUUCAUCAUUCAACCACUGGCCUUUGUUCAGCCAUCAUUUCUGAAUCAGCGAGUAGCAUGCGACAGUGAAUCGAUACCGAAAGUCGAUUUGAAGGCAUGGAAAGAUGAGAAUCCAGGAGUAUUUUAAGAGCUGAAGACUAAAAAUAACUUACAUAAGUUUUGAAUACGAAAACUAUGAUUGUUAUUAGAACUUUUCAAAACAUAUAUUAAUUAAAAUAUCACAUUGUGUGCUCUGCAUAGCAUUGUGCUACUCAUCGCUAUACAAUUUUGUGUGCAGUAUUUGUGCAAUAAAAAUAAAAAUAACACAUUCAAAACAGUAAUAACAUUGUUGAUAAUAUGAAAUAAAGGCUCAAUUUAUCGUAGAACGAGCGCUCUAUGCAAAAGCUGCAUUCUUUACACUUUUGCAUUGAUAUUACUGACCAUCAUUUAUUAUUAUUAUUAUCAUCAUGUAGCCUUAUUUGGUUAUUGGAGACUGUGAAUAUCGAUCUUCGAGAAAAAAGACUAUCAUUCUAGUCUGUAUAUUUUUUUAUAAUCAGAAGUUUAUGACAAACAUGUUUACAAAAUGAAUGACAAGUCGAAUCUAUCAUAAUUAUUUAGUAUAGUAGAUUAUAACGUGUAGCUAAUCUAUAUGUUAGGUGAAGCUGAUCAUUUGUAAAAAAGUAGAGUAUGGUAAAUUAUAAAAGUAAAUCAAAUCUCAGAAUGAGGAA